GGCUGCCGCGUCCACGCCUCCUCUUCCUCCUUCCGAGCAGCGGCCUUUGCUCGGCCUGCAGCCCACGUGGCUUUGCCGGCGCCCUUCCACCGCCGAAUUCUAAGCAGCAUUAUGCCCAAGAAAGGAGGAAGACGAGCUAGAAUAGAGAAGGAAUCAGAUUUGCCAAGCAAACAAGCAAAAACAGAAGCAGUCGGUCCUUUGCUUUGGAAACAUGACAAUCCAGAGAGCUUAUUUGAGAGUUUGAUUGCUCCUAUUAAAGAAGAUGAAUUUUUUAGAGAAUAUUGGGAACAGAAGCCACUGUUGAUUCAGAGGGAUGACUCCUCUGUGGCAUCAUAUUAUCAGUCUCUCUUUCAGUUAACUGACUUGAAAGACUUAGUCAAACUAGGUUUGUAUUAUGGUAAAGACAUCAAUAUAUGUAGAUGUACAAAUGGCAAAAAACUUAUUUUUAAUAAAGAUGGAAAAGCAACCUAUGCACAACUGAAGAAAGAUUUUGAUCAGAAAAAGGCUACAAUACAAUUUCAUCAACCACAGAGAUUUAAGGAUGAACUCUGGAGGAUACAAGAAAAACUGGAAUGUUACUUUGGCUCAUUGGUUGGAUCUAAUGUUUACAUCACUCCUCCUGGAUCCCAAGGCCUACCUCCACACUAUGAUGAUGUUGAGAUAUUUAUCUUACAACUUGAAGGAGAGAAACACUGGCGACUCUACCGCCCAACUGUACAUCUAGCUCAAGAAUACAAUGUUGAACCUGAAGAAAGAAUUGGAACACCAACUCAUGAUUUCAUAUUAAAGCCAGGAGACAUGCUGUAUUUUCCAAGAGGAACAAUUCAUCAAGCUGACACUCCUCUUGGGAUAUCUCAUUCUACUCAUAUUACCAUUAGCACGUAUCAGAACAACUCUUGGAGAGAUUACUUACUGGAUGUGGUUCCUGGACUUCUUUUAGAUAUAGCAAAAGAAGAUGCUGAGUUUCGAAAGAACAUUCCAAGGCAAUUGUUAAUGAAAAUGGAUUUAUCUGAUUCAUCCAAACAGUUAAGUAGCUUCCUGAAACGCCUUGAAGGCCAUUUGGAAAAGGGGAGGAAACCGAGAUCAUCCUAUAUGAAAAAAGAUUUUAUUACGAGCAGAUUACCUCCAUUUAUUGGAACUAAUUUGGAUUUUCUCACUCCAGAUGGAACGCUACCAAAAAUAGGCAGCACAAUCAGGUUAAGAUUCAAAGACUACACAAUAAUUACAACAGAAUUAGAACAAGAUCUUCCGAAUGAUUCAGUCAAAGAAAUGAUUUUUGUUUAUCACUGCUUAAAGAAUCAAAGGCAGAUCCAUAUGAUGGGGGAUGAAAGUACGAAUAAGGAAGAGAUAGCAGAGAAGGCACAUGGAUUACGAUUUCCUCUUUCUCACAUGGAUGCACUGAAACAAAUAUGGAGCUGUGAUACUGUUUGCGUUAAGGACCUUAAUCUUGGUUCAGAAGCAGAAAAAGAGAACUUAGUGAUAUCAUUGUGGACUGAAUGCCUUGUUGAAGUAAUCUAAAUAUAAAUUCUCAUCACAGUUAAGAAAGCUUAUAUAUUUUUGAUUUGUGUAGUGGAGUCUACUAUGAAAAUAAAUGAAUAAGGACUUGAUAAUCAGGCAAAACAUAUUACAUAGAAAUUAUUUAUAAAAGGCUCUCACAAAGUCUUAGGAAUUUAGUAAGAUUGCGAAACAUUGGAUUCUUUUCAAGAUGCCUGAAAGUUAUGAAUUUAGACAUACAAAUCUGAAAUACCAACAGGACUCUACCUGAUUUCUUAAUGUGCAAAAUAAAAACACAUUGGAGAUGCUAAAUAUAGUUGGGGGCCAGUGAUGACCAGAGAAAGUUGUUUGUGUUACUUAAAUUUGCUUCCUUAAAGUGUCAUCUGAUAUUGUGACUAGUAGUGUGUUCUUCAAUGAAGCCACGACAUUUCUAAUAAACAUCUUGCAGUAUAAUAAAUUUCUUCAAAUGAAGAAAAUUCUACAAUU